ACAGUCCGGACAGCAACAGGUAAGCUGCUCUUCACUAGCUGACACUAGUUCUGUCCAGUGGUCGUUAAAGAGGCGAAAACACCCAAUAUACCCGCACGGCUCGGCGACGUACUGCGAAUCACAGCAUGCUCGGACAAGUUCUCCCCGAGGACCAGAUUUACUCCUAGAAGGUUUUUGAAGAAGUUUUAACAUUGUCUGUGAAGCUCGGAGCGAGCGAAGUAACCAAUUGCAGCGGUUGAGCUGGAUGCGAGAGACGAACGUGGAAGAUUUCUGUGCACCGAUUCAUUUGCAUCCUUGGAAGCAGAGCUUCCUUAGCUUUUGCAAUAGCAACCCCUUGCAGGGAUACAGAAAACUGAAAGGUUUGACUAGGAAUCAGGGCAGACAGCAGACCAGUCCACCGUGACCGCGAUGCCGUCCAACAAGUACGCAACUAUCACGGAGGAGGGCAACGACAUGGCGGCCACCGCGGCAGUGAAUGCUGACACAGCGACGCCCGACAUCCUGUCAGAGAAUGACUGCCAUGUGAAGCUGACCAAUGAGAACAGCCCUCUGGCGGCCGCGGAACCGCCCUCCCCCUUCAGUCCCAAACACAACGGAGAUGCCGCCUCGCCGCAAGAUAACCAGUGUCCAGGAGGAGGUCGGAAGAGGAAGAGGAAGAGCGCAGAGACCGAGAACAGCUGGGACUCCUCCUACAGCCAGGAUAAGAGCCCAGAGGUGGCUGCCAGUCCUCCGUCAGGUCCUCCGUUGAGUCUCAGACAGACCCCUCGUCCCAGGAUCAUCUACCAGGCAGGCCUCACUGCCGGGACCCCCAACAAGACCCGCAGACACCACCCCAAAUCGCACAUACACACACCUCAGGCCCCAAACCCAGAGGUGAUGGAGGCUGACUCCAAGGACUCAGCCAGAGCACCACCACCACCAGCAGCAGCAGCCAUCCGUCCCGGUUGUCAGGACAACAAGGGUUUCGGCAUCGGGGAGCUGGUGUGGGGGAAGAUCAAGGGCUUCUCCUGGUGGCCCGGCAUGGUGGUGACGUGGCGCGCCACCAGCAAGCGGCAGGCCACCCACGGCAUGCGCUGGCUGCAGUGGUUCGGAGACGGCAAGUUCUCAGAGGUGAGCGGGCGAAUCAGAAUGGAGAGGGUGUGUGUGUGUGGGGGGGUGGGGGGGGUACCGUUGACUGAUAGCGUUCCACUAUUAUUACUAUUACUACUACUAUUACUACUACUACUACUACUACUUCUGCUUUUACUUCUACUCACUAUUUAUCUUGACAACUGGAUAGAAGGGGCAUUAGCGGCGGCAUUGCAGCAUCGGGGCGGUGGGGGGGAAUCGACCAACCACCAGCCCUUUGGUGUCUCCCACUCACGGCCCCCCGCGUCCCUCUCUGGUGUCUCCCAGGAGAAGCCGCGGAUCUACGCUGCUGUCCCCGCAGAGCAGAGACGGCCCAUCAGAGUGCUGUCUCUGUUUGACGGCAUCGCCACCGGCUACCUGGUCCUGAGAGAUCUGGGCUUCAAGGUGGACCAGUACGUGGCGUCGGAGGUGUGCGAGGACUCCAUCUCGGUGGGUGUGGUGCGGCAUGAAGGGAAGAUCCAGUACGUCCACGAUGUCCGCAACAUCACCCGGAAAAAUAUUGAAGAGUGGGGGCCCUUUGACCUGGUGAUCGGGGGAAGCCCCUGUAACGACCUGUCAAUCGUCAACCCAGCCAGGAAGGGACUCUACGAAGGAACGGGGCGACUGUUCUUCGAGUUCUACCGCCUGUUGAGUGAGGCCCGACCGAAGGAGGGCGAUAACCGCCCCUUUUUCUGGAUGUUUGAGAACGUUGUUGCUAUGGGAGUGAACGACAAGAGGGACAUUUCACGCUUCCUGGAGUGUAACCCAGUCAUGAUCGAUGCUAUUGAUGUUUCUGCCGCCCAUCGAGCCCGCUACUUCUGGGGAAAUCUGCCGUGUAUGAACAGGCCCCUCUGUGCGUCUGGGAUGGACAAGUUGGAGCUGCAGGACUGUCUUGAACACGGCAGGGUGGCCAAGUUUGGGAAGGUUCGUACUAUCACGACCCGUUCUAACUCCAUCAAGCAGGGGAAGGACCAGCACUUCCCAGUCAUGAUGAAUGGGAAGGAGGACAUCCUGUGGUGCACGGAGCUGGAGAGGAUCUUCGGGUUCCCCGUCCACUACACCGACGUGUCUAACAUGGGCCGCAGCGCACGGCAGAAGCUACUGGGCCGGUCCUGGAGUGUGCCGGUCAUCAGGCACCUGUUUGCACCCCUCAAAGACUAUUUUGCCUGUGAAUAGACCAAACUGAGCCCCAAACGGUUCUCUGAGCAAACACGUAUACCAGCAGACACAUUCCCACGCACACAUUACUACACUAUUCCCAUCACUACACAGCACAGUAUUAAAUACUAGAAGAGUACUGAGUCAAGUACUGUUAAGCUCAGCAGAGUGGCAUCAUUUAAACUGAAAAGAGAAUUGAUUGAGGAAGUGGGGAGGAAGAGUGCUAAAUCUCCUUUGGAGUAAUACCAACAUCCCUUUUGUCCUGCUUUCUCGUUGGCUUCUCCUUCCGUCUCUUGAGUUAUAUAUUGGGGAUCAUGAUCAAAUGAUGGCCAUCUUUAACCUUUUGCAGACAGAAUUAUACAAUUUUACACUGUCUUUACAUUUAGCGAA